AUGUCCAUCUCAUACUCCUGCUCUCACCUGGAUUCCCCACACGCCCCUCUCCCACCCUCCUACCCAUCUUCAUCAUCCUCGUACCAUCGAUUAGACAGACUGUACUUCUGCGAGGAGUGUGAUGCAGUAAGAUGUGAUCAGUGCGUCGCAAUCGAAAUAGCAAGCUAUUUCUGCCCGAAUUGUCUGUUCGAUGUUCCUUCUGCGAAUGUAAGAGCGGAUAAAAAUAGAUGUGCCAGAUCAUGUUUCUCUUGUCCCACUUGCGAAUCCAGCCUAUCUAUCCAAGCUUCCGAUCAGCCCUCUGAAAGUGGGCAACCUGGUGCGCCAUAUACUCUAGUCUGCUCGGGAUGUAAAUGGAGCAGUAAAGAGGUAGGAUGGAAUUUUGAAAAACCUACUGGUAUAGCUUUACAAUUACAGAAGAUGAAUACCCAGAGUGAGAUUGUACAAAACGAACUUGACUCAUUGAAAGAUCAUUUGGAAUCGUACAUGUCUCUGUCAACUUCAAAUACCACAACCUCCGCGCCAUCUUCUGUACGAUCCAUUAGAAACCCUUCAAGACAGAUAUCUCACCUUACGCAGAUGGCUCAGAAGGCUUUACAUCGGGAUGUGGGCGGUAUGGUAGCCUAUUCAGCUAGGGUAAAGAGACCUUCAACAACCAAAGAAGGGGAGAAAAAGAAGUAUGGAUGGGACGAGUUGGCUGUUUACGAGGCUAAGGAGAACUGGAGGAAAGAUGGUAUGGGAUCUUCUCCAAAUCAGGUUGAUGUCAUGAGAGAGUUAGGAGAAAGUGGAGCAGAUGGGGUGGCUGAAUUAGGGAAGAGAUGGGGUAAGAGCUGGGAUGCGGUAAAGAUGACUAGAGAUGUCCUACCACAACGCAUACCUCUACAGACCAAAUUGACCAAACGAUGUCCACAUCCCAACUGCCGUCAUCUGCUUAUACAACCCGAUACGAAGAGUGUACGGAUGAAGAUCAAGAUGGUAGCUGCCAACUAUCUACCUUUAAUUGAAAUUGGUCGACGAAGACGCAGAUUACCAAGUAACGAUAUUGCAGAGAUGCCAGAGCCGGAAGGAAUGGCUUCUGAAGAAUUGGAAAGACGAAGGAGGGAAAGAAGACGUGCGAGGGGUGGAAUACUCAACAAAGAAGAGGAUGAAUCGAUGGAAUCACCUUUGAAAUCAGGAGAAACUUAUUCCUUCCAGUUGGCUCUGACUAAUCCAUUAUAUGAUCCUAUCCAAAUUCGACUAACUCGACCCAAUUCUGCAUCAUCUUACUCCUCGCAGGAAAGGUGUAAUGUAAUUAUACCGACACCGCAUUUCACCAUCAACGCUUUGAAAGAUGCCUGGGCGUAUGACGAGGAAUAUGAAGAUGAUGGGAACAAUGAUUUCCUCAUGGGUGGAAGUGAAGCUGGAUUCAGUGAGGAGGGAACUACCACCACCACAACAGGAGGAGCCGGUGGGACGAUAGGGAAGAAAUCGAGACUAAGUAUUUUAGGUGGGGGAUCGAGUACGAAGAAAGAUCGAGGUAGGGAUAGAGAGAAUGGAGUAGAGAAAAAAUCGAAUACGAGUAAAGUGAAUCUCGAUAUUGAGAUUUUACCGAAUGCUCGUAAAGGGGAUACAAUCAAGUUUGAUCUGGAAGUUAGAUAUACGUACAGAUCUGAUGAGAUGACUACACCGACUGAUACGGAGGGAAAAGCGAAGGGAGGGAAGAAGGAGGAAUAUAAGAAUUUCACUUUUUGGAUUAGGGUUGAUUUGGGUCGAGUGGAGUGA